UAAGUAGUACCCAGCCUUAGUUUUACCUCGUACUUUCGCUACCGUACCCUUGAAAAGACUUCAAGGUAAAUGCACACACGUCUUCAUGCAGAAAUAGGCCAGGCGCUACUGCGAGGAGAUGGUUACAAGGAAGGCACUACUUUAUCUUACUCCAGCAUUUAUUCACCAUAGGGCCGUACUCUACGCGCUGAUAAACUACACUGGCUAAAGAUAUACAGCGUCUGACCGACCACUUUUGAUUUUUUCAUCAAAGAGAUUUCUUAAUAUGAUUUUGUGCCCUCGGAAGAUUCCCUUUGGUUAACAACUCUGGAUCCACGAUCCCUCGAGGAAGGUGCAAAAGCGCUUACCCUUUCAUGUUUGCUGACGAAGGCCGUUAAAGUCAUUAAGGUGAAGAAGAUUCCAAGAUGGCGAACGCAAUUGUUGAUCUGCGGGUAUUGGGUGUGAUUGGUACAGGGGAUUUCGGGUUAGCCAUAUCAAAGCGGUUGCUUCGUGCUGGGUACAACGUCAUCAUCGGAAGCAGAUUUCCUGAGGAGCGAGACUUGGCGAAGCGAGACCAGAUUUUUGCGGGCGUGGAUGUAGUCUCAAUCGAAGAAUGCAUAAAGACGGCCACCAUGCUCGUCUUUGCUAUUCACAAGAAACAUUUCAACUCCCUGCUCGAGUUCCAAGAUAUUUUGUCCGGUAAAGUCGUCAUUGAUGUGUCUAAUCAGGACAAACGAGAUCGUAACGAGUCUAAUGCCGAGUACUUGGCGUCCAUGUUCCCACAGACGUGCUUCGUGAAGGCUUUUAACGUGGUGUCCGCCUACAACAUGGAGAAUAUAGGCUAUUGCACGGAGGAGAAGCGAGUCUACGUGGCCAGUGACAAUCCCGAAGUACGUCACGUGAUCUGCGAAAUGGUGAAACUGUUAGGAUUCGUGCCAGUCGACAUGGGGAGACUGCGCAUGUCAAGAGGAAUAGAGAAAAUGCCCAUCCGCCUUUUCUCCGGGUGGGGAGGUUCUUUUCUGAUAACCUUGCUCAUCUUUGUCGUCUGGUUCAUAUACGCCGUGUUUAAGUUCUACGUGAGAAUGAAGAUUUACGACGGGGCCCAGUUCCCUCUCAAAGUGCUGAACAAGCCGAUCUGUAUGACGGCUAUCACCCUGUUAGCUAUCACGUACCUGCCGAGUUCGGUGGCUGGGAUGACGCAGAUUUACUACGGCACUCGUCACAAGAGGUUCCCUCGCUGGUUGGAUAAGUGGUUGAAGGCGAGAAAGAGUCUUGGUAUCAUUGCGCUUUUCUUAAUCUUCAUUCAUGUGAUGAUGUCCACUUUGACCAUGGGACCGACCUACUACCCCGACUUCUACGUGUUCAAGUCAAUUCUGCUGUCCACUAACAAGUCCGAGCUAUUUUUGUAUCAGCCUGGUUGGAUGCUCUGGCAGGCCGAGACGGCCAUGUUUCUGGGAAUCAUAGCCCUGAUGCUUCUGCUAAUCCUCGGAUUAACUGCAAUCCCUUCUGUGGCCCAUACUCUCAACUGGCGCGAAUGGCGCUUCGUCCAGUCCGGAUGUGGUCACGUGGCUCUCUUCUUCUGCAUUGCGCAUGCGAUCUUCCGAGGUUUGCCUAACUGGGCGAAAGCUACGAAGAAAGUGCACGUGCUAGACUCUCUGGCCUUUCUGGCCGUCAUCAUCCCUGUUCUAACGCUGUUGUUCAAGCUCUUUAUGAUCAUGCCAUGUAUUGCUAACCACCUUCAUAAAAUCCGACAGGGAUUCGACCGAGAGGAUUCGAUGGACAGUAAAGAGGAGUCAACAUCAAAGUCACACGAUCGCAAGAAGUUCCGACGCAAAAAAAAGUCUAAGGAAAGAGACGUAUUUACUCACCCGCCUGUCGCUGAUCUACAAGAUAUACCAUAACGGGGCGACAGAUUUCGUGUAGAGUCAAAUUUACCAACUUCUUGGUGUUGUGGUGGUGUUUCUUAGUGAAAGAAAAUUCUGACUUUUAAUAGAAUGUGGAACUAAGAAAUAGAUUUUUUCAUGAAUUGAAAGUACCGAAUCUGCAAUGUAAUGGGUGUAAUAAACGAAUCCUGCGUUCUGCUUCGUACUCUCAUACUAUAUCUUAUGUCUGAUACUCCGCGACAGCACUGGUGAUGUGACGUCAUAGGAAAAACUGAAUAUUUAUAUGAUGUUUGCAGGGCAUCCGGUUGGACAACAAAACGUUAGUUUUUUAAACCUGGUUAAAGCGAUUCUCUGGUAUAGGUGUACAAGUUUAACUCUUGAUAUCAUGUUAGAUCUAACCUCUAACUAGUUUCAUCGGUUAUAAGACUACGACCUCUGCUGUGAGUCUAACCGGUGUACAUGUAUGCUGAAGACGCUUGCGCAUGCGCUGUCAUGUACAGGUAUGUGAGGAACCGGCACUCCAUCAGAUAACAAGCUGAAAGAGAGAGAGUGCAAACUAAAGCUGAGGUCGUUUCACUACUCAUAACAGAUAACGCGAGACACGAAAUCGCUAUAGUCACAAUGUCUAUUGUGCACUUGGUGUUACGGGAACUUAACUGGGCAUAAUUAGGUGUCCUGAUGGAUAACCUAUAUUGUAUCCAAGUAAGUAUCUUGUCAAAUAGCCUGUUUGAGCCUUGGCGGAUUUCUUGUUAAGUGUCUGUUUGGGUGUCUGCUUAGGUGUCAUGAUGAAUGCCCUGUUAAGUGUCUCAAUUUAAAUUUUAUAUUCUCCGAAGGAUUAUAUAAUGCCUAUCCUGAUGACGUUUCUAUUCAAUUCUCAGUGAGAUUAUCUCUUAAGCUGAUUUUUAUCCUAAACACCCAAAGGUUUAGUUCCCUCGCUGGAUUCUCUAUUCUGUCUCCAGAUGUAUUUCCUAUUCAAACUCCAGAAAGAUCAUCUAAGUCUCCUGAAGAACUUCUGCUUAAAACCUUGAAGAAUUCGUCUUUACUCUAAAGGCGCAUGCCCUAUGCAAAACCUUAAA